ACGUGAACGUGGGGUGGGGAGGGUGGCUUAGUGGGGGAGGGGAAGAAAUGACAGUUGGUCAUACUCAUGUGAAAUACCAAACCUCUGAGUAUACUUUGAUGCCGCUAUAUAUUCAGAUUAGUAGUUCAUUUUAAUUCAAACUACAGUUGGUGAUUCAGCAUCGGAACACCCUGAAAUCCACAAAUUGACGUACUUUUGCCCAGUUUUGUUCGCUCCACAUAGACCGUAGAUCUGCAGCAUUCAUUGAACAUUUUUCACUGAAACAUUUGAGCAUGGCCUUAGCAGUGCUCUUGGCAUUGCUGAUCAGUCUUUGCAUUGUUCUGGCCCCCGUAGCCAUCCUUAUGAGUGCUUGCAUCUAUCUCUGGCAACUUCGAUGGAAUGGAAAGAGAGACAAAAACUGUCAGCUCCCACUCCCUCCAGGAUCUAUGGGGUUUCCAAUUGUUGGUGAAACAUUUCAUUGGCUCCUGCAGGGCUCCAGUUUCCAUGCCUCAAGAAGGAAACGGCAUGGGAAUGUGUUUAAGACCCACUUGCUCGGUCGCCCAGUGGUACGUGUCACUGGUGCAGAGCAUCUACGUCGGUUGCUGUUGGAAGAACACAAUUUGGUUGGUGUCAGUUGGCCACAGAGUGUCCAAGUGAUCCUGGGCUCCAGCAGCCUGGCAAAUGCCAUUGGAGACAUCCACCAACACAAGAGAAAGGUCUAUGCACAGCUUUUCAGCCAUUCUGCUUUAGAGAGUUACGUGCCACGAAUCAGGCAGGUGGUGAUGGAGACAGUGAGAGAGUGGUGUGCCAGGGAAGGAGCUAUCAGUGUUUAUGCAGAAAGCAGGAAGCUCACCUUCUGGAUAGCUGUGUCUGUUCUGCUGGGAUCCUCACCGGGUGAGGAGAAGAUGAUUGAUCUACUCACCACCUUCGAGCAACUUACAAAAAACAUGUUCUCCUUGCCCCUGGAUAUCCCGGGGUCUGGUUACAGAAAGGGUAUACAAGCUCGGGACAGGUUGCAUGAAUAUUUUGGGAAGGUCAUUGAAGAUAUGCUCCAGUCUGGUGCUGAAUAUUCAACAGCACUUGGCAUUCUGAUACAGAGCAGCAAAGACCAUGGGAUGGGUAUGAGCGUGCAGGAACUGAAGGAGGCAAUGGUGGAACUAAUGUUUGCGGCGUGUGCUACAACAGCCAGUGCGUGUACCUCCCUUGUCCUGCAGCUACUGAAGAAUCCAGAGGUCCUUACCAAGUUGAGGACGGAUCUGCAGUUCAAAGGAUUCCAGUCUGGAAGUGCAACACCACUGCGUCUUAGUGACUUCUGUCGUCUACGGUACCUGGACAAUGUCAUCAAGGAAGUGCUGAGGCUACAGCCCCCUGUGUCAGGGGGAUAUCGAGUGGCACUGCAGACCUUUGAGCUGGGAGGCUGGCAGAUUCCCAAAGGAUGGAGUGUCAUGUACAGCAUUCAAGACACACAUAACACCGCCCCUAUAUUUCAACAGCCCCACAUAUUCGAUCCGGACAGAUUUGCUAAUGAUCUAACAAAGGGCAAGGAGGCGCGCUUCCACUAUUUGCCGUUUGGUGGAGGUGUUCGACGUUGUCUUGGGAAAGAGCUUGCCAAACUCAUCCUCAAAGUCUUUGCCAUUGAAUUAGCCACUGGCAGCCACUGGCAGCUGGCCACUCGAACACUCCCCAAGAUGCUGAUGGUGCCAGUGGCUCACCCGAGCGAUGGGCUGAAAGUGCAGUUUUCGGCUCAGCUCUGUAACAACACUCCAGCUGCCGAGGUUCGUUUGGAAUAGGUCACCUCACAAUCGAAGCUACAAUAUAUUUAUCUUAUAGUUAUUUAUCAUUUAUAUCCAAUAACAUGACAGCUACUUUUGAGUUAAUGGUUCAAUUUGUUGGCAGCAUUUAAAUUUCAGUCGGAUUCACAGAUGUUGAGUGAUUUAUUCGGAGCACAUUUUAGCUCGCUGCGGCAAAUCACACUCAUGGCCAUGGAAUUUAUAUGAUAAAGACAUGAAUCUUUUCCUAUGGGGAGAAAAGCUUUUCCUAUAGAUCCAGGGUCAAUAUGGAGCACUUCCAGGUCAGAAAGAUGCCAAAGUAAAUGCAGAGUAUAGGUGGCCAGCCCGUUCUCAUGUACUUGUUUUAACACAUUCCACACAGUACCCCAUUGUACAAAGUGACCUUUGAAUUUCAGACAUCAACCAGUCUCAGAAAUUGAUAAUGUGAACUUUGUGCAAACUUAUGUAGAGUUCUGAGCCCCAAGUGGCUAGAUGAGAUCAUAGAAUCCCCACAGUGCAAAAGUAGGCCAUUUGACAUAUUGAGUCCACACUAACCCUCUGAAAACCACUCCAUUCUAUCACUAACCCUGCAUUUCCCAUGGCUAACCCACAUGUCCCUGGACACUAUAUCAUGACCAAUCUAGCUGACAUGCACAUCUUGGGAAGAAGCCUGAGCACACCCACGCAGACACAGGGUGAAUGUGCAAACUCCACACAGACAGUGACCUGAGGUGGGAGUUGAACCCAGGUCCCUGGUGCCGUGAGGCAGUAGUACUAACCACUGAGCCAUUGCACCGCCUCCAUUCUACAGAAUCGGUUUUGUUCAUCCUUUUCUGCGAGUUGGUUAAUACCCCCACUGACAGCAAUGUACUCCGUGUCUCAAUCUGUGAAGUUAGCCAGGGUACAGGAAGAAUUAAAAGUUCUUGAAACCUCACAUUUCAUUUGACAUUAUACUGUGUGUCUCCAUCUAUUACACGAACGGUAGGUGUGUUACGUACAAGAAACCUACAGAACUGGAGAUAGGUAUUUCCUUUGGCACUGCAGAGCAGAGUGAAUUGAUAGGUAUUGAUAUUAGAUUACACUGGGUACCCAUGCUGCCUGUAGCAGACACAUGUUGCCUGUUGGCCCAUCUUGAAUAGAUUUUCUUCAUUUAUGUUUUCGUGAUGCUAAUUUAUUUAAGAAGAUUAAAGGAUUUUU